UUGCCUUAAAGCCUCCUCCUCCUUUUGGCUCUUGCAAAGGGCCUUUCUCUCCUUCUUGCAAGGCAGAGAGAGACGCCAUCGCCCCGGUGCUUCCCUUCGGAGGGCUCCGGAGCUCUAGAGGCAGGCAGAGGCUGGCAAGAGAGCCACCAGAGGAGGCAGCAGCUGCCAUUGCUUUGGAGCCCGCAAUGCUGGAGGAAGGCGGCUGCCUAGGCUGCCCAUCUCGCCUCGGAGGAUCCCUAGCCCUCCGGGAAGGAUCUGCUUAGGGGAUCCAGCCCAGAGGGAUCCAGGAGCCAGCUCCUUGGCCAGGGAUGCUCCGGAGGGAUCCAAAGGCGUAACCUCCGGAGAAGCUACCAUCCCACAGACCAUGGCGAGCACCUCGCCAACAGCCGCUGUGGUGACGGCCACCGUUGUGACCACAGCGGCUGCCAUGGACUUGCGUGACUGGCUCUUCCUCUGCUACGGCUUAGUGGCUUUUCUGAGCGAGGUGAUUGACAGCACCACCUGCCCGUCAGUCUGUCGCUGUGACAACGGAUUCAUUUAUUGCAAUGACCGGGGCCUGACCUCCAUCCCAGCUGAUAUCCCAGACGAUGCCACCACCCUCUACCUGCAAAACAAUCAGAUCAAUAACGCCGGCAUCCCUUCCACUUUGAAGAAGAAGCUCAACGUUCAGGUCAUCUACCUCUAUGAAAAUGACCUGGAUGAAUUCCCCAUCAACCUGCCACGUUCACUGAGGGAGCUUCAUCUCCAGGACAAUAAUGUCCGCACCAUCGCCCGGGACUCCUUGGCACGCAUCCCACUGCUGGAAAAGCUGCACCUGGAUGACAACUCCGUCUCCACCGUCAGCAUUGAAGACGACGCCUUUGCAGACAGCACGCGCCUCAAGUUGCUUUUUCUCUCCCGCAACCACCUCAGCAGCAUCCCCUCUGGCCUGCCCCGUACCCUGGAGGAACUCCGGCUGGAUGACAAUCGCAUCUCCACCAUUCCCCUCCAUGCCUUCAAGGGACUGAACAGCCUGCGGCGCCUAGUGCUCGAUGGCAACCUUUUGGCCAACCAGCGCAUUGCAGACGACACCUUCAGCCGCCUGCAGAACCUCAGCGAGCUCUCGCUGGUGCGGAACUCCCUGGCAGCUCCCCCUCUUAACCUUCCCAGUGCCCACCUGCAGAAGUUGUACCUCCAAGACAACGCCAUCAGCCACAUCCCCUACAACACCCUUUCCAAGAUGAGGGAAUUGGAGAAGCUGGAUCUGUCCAACAACAACUUGACCACCCUGCCCAAGGGCCUGUUUGAUGACCUCGACAGCCUCUCUCAGCUCCUGCUGAGAAACAACCCCUGGUAUUGUGGAUGUAAUCUCAUGUGGUUGAGAGACUGGGUCAAGGCCCGGGCUGCAGUGGUGAAUGUGAGGGGUCUGAUGUGCCAAGGGCCCGAUAAGGUCAGAGGCAUGGCUAUCAAGGACAUAACCAACGAGAUGGAUGAAUGCUUUGAUGUGGGCCCACAGAGCAAUUCAGGUGUGGCUGUGGCAGCCAAGACAACUGCCAGCAAUGCUGCAGUCACAACCCCACAGGGCUCCCUCUUCACCCUCAAGUCCAAGAGACCUGGCAUCCAACUGCCCGAUUCAAACAUUGACUACCCAAUGGCCACUGGAGCAGGAGCCAAAGCACUGGUUCUCAACGUCAAGCCACUGACUGCCGACAGCAUCCGCAUCAGCUGGAAGGCAAUGCUGCCAGCAGCCUCUUUUCGCCUCAGUUGGUUACGCUUGGGUCACAGCCCAGCUGUGGGUUCUAUCACAGAGACCCUGGUGCAAGGUGACAAGACAGAGUACCUGCUGACGGCCCUGGAGCCCAAAUCAACCUACAUCAUCUGCAUGGUCACUAUGGAGACAGGAAGCACCUACGUGCCCGACGAAACCCCCGUCUGCGCCAAGGCCGAGACAGCAGACAUGUACAGUCCCACUACCACCCUCAACCAUGAACAAAACAUGGAUCCAUUGGCCGGGUUGCCAUUAGCAGGGAUUAUUGGUGGGGCAGUAGCCUUGGUCUUCCUCUUCCUGGUCUUGGCUGCCAUUUGCUGGUACGUCCACCGGACGGGAGAGCUGCUGACUCGUGAACGAGGCAGUCGGAAGAAAGACGACUAUGUGGAGUCGGGCACCAAGAAGGAUAAUUCCAUCCUGGAAAUAAGAGGGCCUGGCUUACAGAUGCUACCAAUCAACCCCCACCGGGCAAAGGAAGAGUAUGUCAUCCAUACCAUAUUCCCUUCCAAUGGAACCAGUCUUUACAAAAGCACCCACACCAUCGGCUACGGCACAACGCGGGGGUACAGAGACGGGGGAAUCCCAGACAUAGACUAUUCAUAUUCAUGAUGCAAAAUCCCCCUCCUCCCACAUAUAACGCCCAGUCCCCACCCUUCCCUGUUUUUACCCCCUCCCCAUCACGCACCCCAGGUUUUUUUGCCAAGAUGGAAAAAGAAAAUCGCAAAACAAAAACUAUUUUCCGAGCAGAACCAGGAGGAACAAAUGGGAGGGGAGGGGAGGAAAUUUUACAAAAAAACCCUUAUUUUGUAGGAAAAAAUCACAAAAAAAGAAAUUUUAAAAAAGUAGACAUGGAGGGGAAAUACAUAAUUUAUAUUUAAUAUGCCAGAUUAAAACAAAACCCGGCUCAGACCAUACAGAAACCUUGGGUUACUAUUGUUUCCCUGCCCCUAAGGGUGUGGGGCGGUGGUGGUUAAGGGGAAGACCUAGCAAGGAGUUUUAAAAGAAAAAUGAAAAAUGAAAAACAAAAAUGCUACC